AUGAUUGUUGUGAUAUUAAUCCUGGCUAUGAUUAAUGGUUAUGAUCUAAGCAAUACUGCCAACAUCCAAGCGACCAUCUAUGAGGCAAUGGGUCACAUAGAAAUAUUCAGCUGGAUCACCCUUGGAUAUUGCGUUGGCAUUGCCGCCGUGGUUCCGCUCGCUAGGCGACUUUCUGAGAUUUUCGACAUCCGGGCCAUGAUGAUCGCCUCUAUUGUCGUCUUUAUGGUUGGCGUAGCUGUGACUGGCUCAGCUUCUAACAUCGGUGCAGUCAUUGCUGGCCGAGCUCUUAAUGGAGUAGGCGCCGCUGGGGUAACUCAUAUAGCGAGAAGACUUACCGACUCGUCCAUCCUGAAGAGCCUGGCCGAGAUUGAUUGGGUGGGUGCUGUACUUCACGCUGGAACAUUUACCCUCCUGCCAGUGGCACUCACCCUAUCUGGUUCCGUCUUCGCUUGGAAAUCAGCGGGAGCGAUAACGCUGUGGGUGUUUGCAGGACUGUUCCUCAUCGCCUAUGUCUUGCAGCAGGCUUUCUGCCUCUUCACAACACGGGCCAGGCGUAUAUUUCCCGGUCAUGUCGUCCUUAAUCGUACAGUCGGGCUUGCAAAUUUGGGAACAUGUUGCGCCGCCCUUGCAUACUCUGUCGGCCUGUACUAUUUCCCUGUCUUCUUCGCAUUCACUCGUGGACACGGCCCGAUUGGCACUGCCGUUCGGUUUCUACCAUUCAUUGGAGUCUUCAUUGCUUCAAUACUACUGUCUAGCGUCUUGUUGACGGUCAUUCGAAGAUACAAGAUCCUCUACAUGAUUGCUGGCCCUCUCAUUCUUACGAGUGGUGCACUCAUCACAACACAAAUGAAGCCGACGGCCUCGGAAAGGGAAAUCAUGGGGUUCGAGGCACUGCUUGGUUUUGGAGUUGGACUAAUCUACAGCCACGCUAUGAGCAUCUCGAGCGUCAGCCUACCUACAGAAGAAGUCUUUGCCGCAUCAUGCCUGGCGAACCUGUCGAUGUUGGGUACGAUUGCCAUUGCAGUCGGUCUAGAAGGAUCGGUGUUUCAAAACGAGGGCAUGAGAUCGCUCAAGCAGGCCGUUGGAGACUUGGGGUUUAGCGACAAGGAUCUCAGGGAAGCACUGGGUGGAGUGGCAUCGCCGCUAUUCGCCGAGCUUGACCCUGCAGUUCGCGAGCUCGUCUAUGCCUCGGUCACCAGCACAAUUAAGACGCCGUUCCAUCUGGUUGUGGCGGCUGGUACGACGUGUACGCUGCUAUCUUGGGCGAUGAAAUGGGAGAAAUUGAAUUUCCGGAAGAACAAGGAGGAGGAAAAGCCUAAUCGAAAUAUCGAGAGAGACAGUCUCGAUAUGGGACAAGAGACUUGA